UCAUUCAAUUUGGUUCGUCGAGCCAGUCAACAAUCUUUCGGUCUUAAAAUUUUUGUUUGGAAACAAACAAAAUUUCGGUAAAAUAUGAAAAUCGAAAUUUAAAUUUAAAAGCAAACUGAAAACUAAAUCGUAAAAACUAUUUUGAGUUGUUUCUAGUUGAGAACGUAUUAAGGAAUACAAAACUAUACAAAACUUUCAAAAAAAAUUAAAUACUUUCAAAAAUUCCUUCUUCUUUUGGCGAAGAUCAAAAUUCAACUGCUCAAUGGAUCUUUCGAAGGCCGAAAGGCAAACUCCCGAAGAGGACAAUAGGCAAAGCGGCGCGGACUAUGUCAAGGGACUCCUUCAGGACUUUCUGUUCUUCCUGGUCCUCAUAUUUGCGGCUCUGCUCAUCGGCUGGGGCAUCUUCUUUGUGCUGGACGAUGGCGGCGAGUGGAAACAUGUGGUGCGGGCUCUCAAUGGUUCGGAGAUAACACUUCAGGAGCCAACGACGGUAGCAGCGCGUCCCUGCUAUCGCGCCCGCCAUUGGAUUCAGCUGUAUCUCAUUCGCAAUAAGAAGCCGCAGGAAGAACAGCCACAGCCACAGCCAUACCCGCACACAGAAAUGGCAGAUCAACCGUACCCACCAGAGCCGGAAAUGCAGUAUUUCGAUCCGGACGCAAAAACGAAGAUGACACAAGUAGAGGAUCGUUCCAAUAUUUAUGCGGAUGCCGCCAAUCAAGUGCAACGGACGCCAUCGACCAGAGUAAUGGAUGUUUUUAGGCGAUACCUACAAGAUCGACUAGCUGAAGACUAAGUUCUAAGUUCCAAGUUAUAAGCUAUUGGGUAUACUAGCAAUUGAUUUGUUCCAGAGUAAGGAAGCGCCGCGAAAUGUGAGAGAAGGCAAAUUCUGGAUACACAAAAUAUACACAAAGAAAUACACUGAAGGAACUAUAAAACACAGUCCCACCAUCAGUUACUUUGUCAUCAAGAACUAGUGGUGCAAACUUUUUUUUACACAGAGGUCAACCAAGCUAGUGUAAUAAUAAAUUUAAAUAUUGAAA